GACAGACAGAGCGACGCAGCUGGAGAGGGGCAGACACUCAGACAAGCAGUACGCUGCUCGCUGUCCCCUGUCCACUACUCUCUCCAGUAGCUAAGUCCAUAGUCAAGUAACCAGAGUAGCCACACGCAGCAGCACCAUGGCAAGCGCACCAGCACCAGCCUACCUCACCGUCAGGCACAUCCCACCCUCGCCCAGGUCAUCGACCGCUGCUGCUGCUUCACAGGGAUACAUGCAACAAGCAGCAGCAGACACCAUCACGCGUCCUCGCACUGCACCCCGUCUCAUCGAGCAGGCACCGCGUUCAGGCGACAUCCUCGCACACAAGCAGACACCGCCCUCACAGAGACUCACGGGAGCACCGUCGUAUAUGACCACCUCCUCGCCCUAUACCCAUGCAGCUGGAGAUGCUGCCGGUAAAGAAGGCAGUGCUGGGACACCUGCGCUUGUACUACCUGUCAAUCCGCGUCAUGUACGCGGUGGAAGUAUCUCGAAUGAUACACUAUCAACGUCUUCCUCCUCAACAUCCUCGCACAGCGUCAACUCCGCAAACAGCGUUGCAUCCCUGCCUGCACAACUACCAGGAUCUCCUCGAGACAAGGAAAAGGGUACCUCAUCGUGCCUCGAUCAAAUGAUCCCGUUGCAAGAAUGCGCAGACUCCAUGCUCGUUCCACUCCUACAUCGUCAUUUGGAGAUGCAAUCGCUCAUGGCGUGCAACAGCAAGUUAUUCGAAGGCAUGGCACAGUGUGUCGGCGAACACGCUUGGGAACAAUGCCGUCAUCUCUGGACACAAGUCACACGGCAAGAGUGUGGAGACAUGCAAUGGCUGUACAAGACGCGUGACUUGCUACAAAACGGAGGCGGUAUGUCUGCCGUUUCAACACCCCAGAAUAGCGUCUUUCCAGCAUCACCCUCACCUACCAAAUCAGCUUCGUUUGGGUCAACGCGUGGCUCGGCGGAUUGUGUGGGGAAGCAUCAUUGGGCUGCUUUUUGCGACGUCGUUGGCUUUGAUCCGAAUGAAGUCUUGACGGAGGAUGCAUCUGGCUUGAGUGAUACAGCUACGCAAAGUGAAGGCGAUGAUCUGUCCAGACCAAACUCUUCUGCAUCGUACCUCUCGACCUCAACAAGGAAUGGCGAUGGCAAACCUUCAGCAAGUCACUCGAGGCAACACAGUGAUUCUGGACGUCUACGUGUCAGAGAGACGAUCCCCGAAGAAGACUAAGCUCUUCCCAACCUUAUUCAACCCUUUUUUCAUUUUCUCUACGCUGCGAUGGCCUCUACGCGAUGCAUUAUUUCAGCUCGUCUUUAUGCUCUCAUUUAUCUUCUCAAUGCUGCAGUUCAUGUCUAUAGACUUAGCCAGCACAUAACUGUCUCUCUGUUUCUGCUGGGAAUACUUGUGACUGUUGCUUUCCCCGGAUGCGGAACUUGCCAAGCCCGACCCAGACCAUUCACCUCUUCAAGUCUCUUGCACGGACAGGAUUGUACUUAUCUAGUAAGCCG